AUGCGAGAAAAUGAUGACCAAAAGACUGUCGCAGCCAUGGACAUGCUGGUUCCACGGGUUGGUGAACUUAUCGGGGGAAGCCAAAGAGAGGAACGCCUUGAGAUGUUGGAAAAACGUUUGGAUGAUCUAAAGCUUAGUAAAGAGAGCUACUGGUGGUAUCUUGAUCUGCGUCGUUAUGGUUCAGUUCCUCAUGCUGGAUUUGGAUUGGGUUUCGAAAGACUAGUGCAAUUCGCAACUGGUAUUGAUAAUAUUAGAGAUGCCAUACCUUUUCCGAGGACGCCCGGAUCAGCGGAGUUCUAA